AUGGCGCCCCGUGAGAAGAGCCAAUUGAAGCGUCUUCGAGUGAGUCUGCUUCUCGCCCCUGCCCACCACUGCUGGUCCGUUCUUAACCGUGCUCUCCGCCUCCAGGGUUCGCUGCCAGACAACGAAACAGAGUCCAAGAAACCUCGACGCUCCGAGAGGCUCUCCGUCAACGACCCAGACAAGACGCCCGUCUCGCACAAAGGCCAUCUCCCCUCCCCCGUCACCCACACCACCGAGCCGGACGCCAACGACCGCCACAAGUCGCCGACCGCCACGCCGCCGGAAGGCCGCCCCAGCCAGGUGAAUCCGCGCGAGGAGACCCCCGUGCAGGCCAACAUCCUGUCGUCACCACCGCAAGACACACAGGCCUUCUCGCAGUACCCGCCCGAGACCAAGGACAGCCUGUCGGACGAUGUAGAGGACGAGGUGAAGGAGGGCGUCUGGGGCUACCUGUUCCCCCUCGAUACCAAGUAUGGCCGAUCGCUGGUCAUGAAGAAGCGGACGGCGUGCCCCAUGCCCGACACGGUGGCGGACAAGGUGUCAGAUGAGGAUCGGAAGGGCAAGUCACCUGCGCGCAAAGAGGAGGAGGCCUACGAGAAGACCAAGAUCAAGGGUAUCGCGUCAGGGGGCUACCUGAUCGGCCGACACCCUGAGUGUGACAUUGUCAUUGAUGACCCGAUCGUGUCCAACCGCCACUGUCUUCUCUUCAUAGAGAACAAGGGCGGCGACACGGUGGCCAUCGUCGAAGAUCUGUCCAGCAACGGCACCUUUGUCAACGAGGCCAUUGUCGGCAGAAACCAGAGGAGAGAACUCCGCGAACAGGAUGAGAUUGCUGUCCUUGACAAAGCUCGUUUCAUCUUCAGAUACCCGAAGAGCCGGCAGACGAGCCCUUUCCACCAGUCUUACACACUGCUGCAGAAGCUGGGCAAGGGUCACUUUGCCGAGGUGUUCCUUUGCGUUGAGAAGUCCACAGGUCAACAGUACGCCGUCAAGGUCUUCAGCAAAACACCAGGCAUGGAAGAACGUUCGAAGCAGGAGGGGCUCCAACAAGAAAUAGCAGUUCUCAUGGGGGUCAGUCACCCGAACGUUCUCUGCCUCAAGGACACGUUCAACGAGCGUAAUGCGGUCUACCUCGUUUUGGAGCUGGCGCCCGAGGGAGAGCUGUUCAACUUUAUCGUCAUGAAGCAGAAGGUCUCUGAGGAUGAGACGCGGAAGCUUUUCAAGCAGCUGUUCCAGGGGAUCAAGUACUUGGAGUUCCCGUACACUCUUUCCCAGCAGAUCAAGAGUGGGCGUUUCGACUAUCCCUCGCCUUACUGGGACUCUGUCGGCGACCCAGCACUCGAUCUCAUUGACUCGAUGCUCGUUGUCAAUGUCGAGCGCAGGUUCACCAUCGAUCAAUGCCUGUCUCACCCCUGGCUGACACACGGUACGCCUGCCGUCAACGAUAGUACCGAUGGCCUGGUGGGUGGCAUCAGAGGCCUGGAGGUCCAUCGCCGCGGAGUUGUUCGGGAGCGAACACUGCUGAGCUCGCUGAACUCGGUCGAAGUCACGGCCAAGAUUCCAGCGAACAAGCAUUCGAACCACGUCAAGGUCUUCGCAAAGAAUGCCCACAAGGCCAAGGCGGCGGCGAAAGAAUCCGGUCCUGCUCAUAACCGAGGCGCUGGUGAGUUCAUGGAGAUGGGCGGCAAAGGUGACCAAGACCUUUUCGCGAACGACGGUAACAGUGUCUACUCCAAAACAGAACUAGCGAGUGACAAGACGAAGAACAAGAGUCGGCGAUGA